AUGUUUGUGUUCUAUUCUUGCAUUAGUCUCUGGCUCUCUGCUCACUACAGUGUGUACAGACUGGGACGGACUGGGACGGACCCGGACCCCGCAGGCCCUCCAUUAGACGCGGGCUCCAGGUGUCACAGAGCAGAGGAAACAACAGCCGAAGCCCGGGAGCAGGACAAACUUCUGGGAGUCCCGAGCAGCGCGGCGCAGACUUCGGGCGAAGCAUAUGGUGUGGAGAUGGCCGAACCAUGCCAGCCUCGCAGUGCAGCUCACCACCUGACAGCUGACUCCCAUCAUCAUCCAAGUCUCCUCAGGCGACUCAAAAUGAGCCAAAGUCUACACAGCAGACAACACAGAUGA